AUGAAUAAAAGCCAAUCAAAAACUGGUUCCGUAUCAUCAUCAUCCUCUCCUGCCAUGGGAGAACGAGUGUUUCUCUUUCUAUGGGCCUUCCUCUCCAACACUCGAGACUGGAUCAUGGAGUACACUCAUGAUGUGUUCAACGCCAUCACACAAAACUAUGACGAGAAAACAUUGAAAGAAAUGAAAGAACGGAAACGAAGAAAGAAGGCUUAUUUGCAACGACUCAAGCAUCAGAUGGGAUACUUUACUCCCGAGAGAAAGACUAAAUCUCAGCAAGGAGGCCCAAAUUCAUCUCCUCUCGAACCAUUGGACUCGAUCAGCAAGAUGGAAGAUUUGGAAUCCCAAUUAAUGAUGCUCAAGGAACAAAUUGCCAUGGUUGCACGAGCUGAAAAGCAACAACAAACAAAUUCUAAUGCAUCCUCAUCGUUAUUGGGAGGAGGAGGCAGCUCAUCGGAAUUGUCUUCACGAAGAAAGAAGACCAAGUCAAGUAGUAGUAGUAGGAAUCACAAUGCAGCAGAAAGUGCCAUGAUGAGCAGUAGUAACAUUCCACCUCCUCCACCCAUGUCAUCAUCGUUUGUGGGCACAAAAACCGUUUGCACUUCUUCUAACAUUCCACCUCCACCUCCAGUGAUGACGAGUAAUAUUCCACCUCCACCACCCAUCAUGAUGACUCCUUCAAAGAGUUUUGGAGUUGCCAAGCCCAUUCAGACACAAUCCAAUGACAUUGUGCACUCUUCCUCACAUGACGAUGAACAUGACACUGCUUCAAUAUUGACUGCCAAGCCAAAGAAUUCACAACCACUCAAGCACAGCAUGUCCAUUGCCGACUUGAUUAAGAAUAGUGGAAGUGUAAAAUUGAGACCUAUUCAAAAGAGUCCAGGAGGUACUCCAAUGAGAAAGAGCACAUCCAAUAUUCAAGGAGAAUUGUUUGCUGCCAUUAAGAACAAGUUCAGUAGUGUGCAUAAAUUACAGAAACAAGAUUGUGAGGAUGAGUCAGAUGUGGAAUCUAGCUCAAGCUUUACAUGCUCUCCUGUAAAACAACAACAACAACCAACAAAACCUUUGACAAGCUCGUCUCCAAUGGUUAAAAGUCAAGCAAAAAUUGCAUCAUCGACAGCUGUUUCAUACACCACAACAACGAACGAUUUGUUGGACAAGGAGAACUUGAGCCCACAAACUAAAUUUGCAAUGGCUAGACGUAAUAUUGCUAAACUUUUCGAAAAGUAA